CAAUUUUGUGUCAGAAUGGCGGGAACUUUUGGCGCUAUUCCACAUUUCCUAGUCAGUUAUAAACCUCUCUUCUUCCGCAAUCUCCAUCUCCAAAUUAAACCGCGAUUACAAUUUCUCCUCUCGAGCUUUUCCAUUUCCACAUCUAAAAAUGGCUAUAAAUGGCAUCAAUUCCUUCUUCCGCGUCAAAAAGCUCUCAGAUAAUGCUGUUUUGCCAUCCAGAGGCUCCUCUCUUUCCGCUGGCUACGAUCUCUCCAGUGCAGCGGAGACAAAAGUGCCAGCCAGGGGAAAGGCUCUAGUACCCACAGAUCUUAGUAUUGCCGUUCCUGAAGGAACCUAUGCCCGUAUAGCUCCAAGAUCAGGAUUGGCAUGGAAGCAUUCAAUAGAUGUUGGGGCAGGUGUGAUUGAUGCAGACUAUAGGGGACCAGUAGGUGUUAUUCUUUUCAACCAUUCCGAUGUUGAUUUUGAAGUGAAAAUUGGUGACAGAAUUGCUCAAUUGAUCAUAGAGAAAAUCAUUGUGCCAGACGUUGAGGAGGUUGAUGAUCUAGACUCGACAGUUAGAGGCUCCGGAGGCUUUGGAUCAACUGGAGUUUGAAAUCUUUUGCUUGAAUUAGAACUAUUGAUGUGUAAAUUUUUGUUGCUUAGUAUGUUUAGUCAUGGUAAUUUGGGUAUGUUUUUAGAGAUUGGAGCAUUUUGGAAACUGCAGGAUGAGUUAAUUCUUCAGGCUUUGUUAAUGUUGAGCUGUAUUUUUAUGUGAUAUUUAGGGGUGCCGAUUUGAGUCCGAACCCAUUUGAAAGCACAAGAUUGGAUCUGUCAUUGAUUCACCUAUUUUUGAACUUAGUUUAUCUUGACUCAA